ACACGUGCGUCAAUCUUUUCGCGAGUUUUUUUAAUAAACAAAUAAAAGUAGUUAAUUUAACAGAAAACUUUAAGAAUUAAAGUGGAAACUUACCUUAUUUUAAAGUGAAAGACCAAUUAAUAAUAAUGGAUACACAUGAUAUAUUUCUACAGUUGACAAGAGGAGCGCGGUUUAAUUCAAAACCUAAAACUGCAAUCAAAGCGAAACAGGACACGACUGGAGAAAUACAAGAAAACAAAACAGCACAAUCCAUAAUUUCUAAAAAAGCAGAGAGUGACGAAGAGGAAACUCGCUCGGACGGCUUCAGUUCUGAGGAGGAAGAAGAGUCUUUUACUUACAUAAAUGGUAAAGAUGAUGUUAAACAAAUAUCAAAGAAACCUAAAAAGACAGUCACCCCAGAAGAAAGGGAAGCAAGACUUCAUGAAGAAAUGGUGACAACGAUACGUAAAGAAAAUCUAAUUACUGUGCGUGGUAAGAAUAUUCCCACACCUGUCACUACAUUUGAAGACCUAAAAAAUGAAUAUGGCAUGUCUGACCGUCUGUUGCAAAAUCUCACAACUGCCACUUAUUCGAAACCCACACCUAUACAAAUGCAGGCAAUGCCGCUGCUGUUACAGGGACGCAACGUAAUGGCUUCAGCACCAACUGGUUCAGGCAAAACGAUCGCUUUUCUAGCUCCUAUUAUCAAUGAUUUGCGCAAGCCAAGUAAGGUGGGGUUCCGUGCGGUUGUGUUGGCACCUACACGCGAAUUGGCAGCACAAAUUUAUAGAGAAUGCGUACAAUUGGCAAAUCAGACAGCAUUAAAAAUACACUUCCAAGCAAAAGCAAACAACAACAAUGAGACUUCUGGUAAUGCGAAUAAGAAGUAUGACAUACUUAUAUCCACACCGAAUCGCGUACGUUUUCUUUUGGAGCAAGAACCACCCGCUUUACAUCUAACUGAAGUCGAAUGGCUGGUCAUUGACGAGGCGGAUCGGUUGAUGGAGGAAGGCGUAAAUAAUUUCAAAGACCAAGUCGAUGUUAUUUUAGCGGCUUGUACAAAUAAGAAAAAGAAGUUGGCACUCUUCAGUGCGACAUACACAGUUCCAGUGGCGAAGUGGGCGAUAAAAAAUCUUCCCAACUUGGCGCGUGUAAUAGUUGGUCAUGAAAAUAGUGCUACGAAUUCCGUUGAACAAGAGUUGCUGUUUGUUGGUUCCGAGAGUGGGAAACUUUUAGCCAUAAGAGAUAUGGUACGCAAAGGACUGAAACCGCCCGUGUUGGUUUUUGUGCAAAGCAAAGAACGUGCUAAGGAACUCUUCCAGGAGCUGCUUUACGACGGCAUCAAUGUCGACCUCAUACAUGCUGAUCGUUCACAGCAGCAACGUGACAAUUGUGUACGCGCGUUUCGAGAAGGUCACAUUUGGGUGCUAAUAUGUACCGAACUAAUGGGUCGUGGCAUAGAUUUUAAAGGUGUUAAUCUGGUUAUAAACUACGAUUUUCCACCAUCGGUGAUUUCUUAUAUACAUCGUAUUGGUCGUACUGGCCGAGCGGGCAGAAACGGCAAGGCCAUAACAUUCUUCACGCAAAAUGACACGCCAAAUUUAAGAAGCAUUGCAAAUAUUAUUAAGGAAUCUAACGGGAAAGUGCCCGAUUUCAUAUUAGCUAUGAAGAAACAACGGAAAAGCGAAAGAAAGUGGCUGGAAAGCCAUGCGCCAAAGCGUGAUAGCAUAUCAACGCGUAUAUCGAAGAAUGUGGAAAAGGAAAAAGAUAAUGUUGAGAAAAAUACAAAACCAAUGGCGAAAAAACGUAAGGCCAGUGCUGAAUUUGAUAAAAAGACUAGCAAAACGAAAUUGAACACGAAAAAGUCUUCUAAUUCACAGCCUUCGACAAGCAAAAAAAUUAAAUUGAAAAAACAGCAAUAAUUU